AUGAUUGUGGGACUACCAAUUUCAGAAGGCUUUGACGCCAUCCUUACUGUCAUUGACCGUUUCUCAAAAAUGGUUCACUUUAUUCCUACCCAAUCCACAGCAUUGGCUAUUGACAUUGCCAACUUAUUUAUUACAUACAUCUGGAAAUUACAUGGCCUUCCCAAGAGUACAGUUUCAGAUAGAGGCCCUACAUUUAAUGCCAAGUUUAUUUGCCAUCUAUAUAAAAGGCUAGACAUCAAGCCUACAUAUUCUACAGCCUACCAUCCUCAAACAGAUGGUCAAACGGAACAGAUACAACAAGAGGCCAAGAUCUUUAUACGUAUGUUUGGGAAUCAUCGUCAAUCAGACUGGGUGUCACUAUUGCCAUUGGCCAAAUUUGCCUUGAACAAUUUGAAACAGACUUCCACAGGCAAAUCCCCUUUCCAAAUAUGUUACGGCUAUAAUCCAAGAUUUACAGUUGGUCAAAAGUCAGAUGAAUCAGUCCCUAACGCAGACAAACAUGCGGAAUUCUUAGAAAAGGGCUAUGAUGAAGUCAAGGCAGCGUUAUCAAUAUCCCAAGAAAGGAUGAAACACUUCUAUGAUCAAUGUCACAAGGAAGAAGAAGAAAUUCAAGUAGGGAACAAAGUUUGGCUAAGUCAUCAAAAUAGAUCCACCAAUAGACCAUCCAUCAAGCUUAGCCACAAAAAGCUAGGUCCCUACUUGGUAAUUGAAAAAAUUGGAUCACAUGCGUAUAAAUUACAACUACCCCAUACCAUGCGCAUACAUCCAGUCUUUCACAUUAAUCUUCUGACAAAAUUCCAUCCUGACCCUCAUGGACGCAAUCCUCCUCAACCUGCACCUAUCAUCACAGAAGAAGGUGAAGAGGAAUACAAAGUAGAGAAGAUCCUAGAUAGCAAGUGGAAAGGACAAGGAAAGACAAAGAAGUUAUGGUACCUGGUCAAAUGGAAAGGUUAUGAUGAAGGAAGUAAUUUGUGGGAGCCAAUAGACAAUGUGGGAAAUGCUCAAGAAGUCCUAGAGGAAUUUCACAAGGAACACCCCAACGCAGUUGGAGCUUAA